AUGCAGAACCAGCUCCUUUUGAAUGGUCAGAGGAGUCAGAUUGUUUCUAGGAGUGGUGGAAAUGGGAGAGUCUUGGGUUUGCCUUGGCUGGGCAGUGCCCCUGAAGUGGCAUCCAUUCACCCACUUGUGCUCUGCCUCUUUCUCCUAGUGUGCAAGUAUGUAGCCGUGGAACUGAAGUCAGCUUUUGAGGAGACGGGCAAGACCAAGGAAGUGCUUGACACUGGCUAUGGCAUCCUAGACCAGAAAGCCUCCAGAGUCAAAUAUACCAAAUCGGAUCUUCGGUUAAUUGAAGUAACUGAGACCAUCUGCAAGAGACUUCUGGACUAUAGCUUGCAUAAGGAAAGGAGUGGCAGCAACCGGUUUGCUAAGGGUAUGUCUGAGACUUUUGAAACACUCCACAACCUAGUCCACAAGGGGGUGAAGGUGGUGAUGGACAUUCCCUAUGAACUGUGGAAUGAGACUUCAGCUGAGGUAGCCGACCUCAAAAAGCAGUGUGAUGUGCUGGUGGAGGAAUUUGAGGAAGUGAUUGAGGACUGGUACCGGAACCACCAGGAAGAGGACCUAACCUCCUUUCUCUGCGCCAAUCAUGUGCUAAAGGGGAAAGAUACAAGUUGCCUGACGGAGCAAUGGAUCAGCAAGAAAGGGGACACAGCAGCCCUGGGAGGGAAGAAAGCCAAGAAGAAGGGGGGCAAAGGCAAGGCAUCCAACAAGAACAGCAAGCAGAGGAAGGAUCCAAGAAACCUAGAUGAGGACCCUCAUCCUGAGGAGGAUGAGGGUGUCCAGAAAGCCACCCCUCUCACACACAGCCCCACCGAUGAGCUGUAGAAUCCAACCAUGCACCCCAUCUACUGCCCCGGGGGUGCAGAGGGAAGCGCUUGGCUGAGGGAGACUCUGUUCUCUUAUGCCUCUGGCAGACAAGAAUGGACUCCCCAGCUCUGGGGGUUCACUGCACCCCCUGCUGUGCCCUUGUCUCGCUGAGGAUUACAGAGCCUGCCCUUCCUUUUCCCUUCCUGGCAGCUGCUUCUCUCCUGGGCUUGAAAGAAGAGUUGUGUGGUGGCCCCAGAGCUAAAAACUGCAUUGUAAACCUUCGAGGGAUGGGUCUGAGCAUUGCCAAGCCCUCAGGGAGGACUCCAUCCCUCAUUGUCCCAUUGGUGCACCCCCACCUUCUUCUAGUGGGGGUGGUUCAGCAGCACCACUCCCCCUGUAUCAGAAACACCUCUCUCCUGGCCCCAGUCCUACCAGGAAGGCCUUCCUCACCCCAGUCCUGGUUGAGGCUGUCUUCCCCAGGGCUCUAGCCCCACCACAACCAUGUGAUGCCCGGUCUCUACCCCUCCCUAACCCAUUUUACUGCACAAUGUGCAGAGUAAAAAAUAUUUGGCCUUUUUA